GGGAGAGAAAGAGGAGGGAAAGGGACUGAGCGGCCACCCGGGAAAAGUAGUACGUACGAUUCUCCUUCGAGUUGGUGCCUCCCUCGUCAGUCAGGUGAGGCAAUGGAUGAUGAACGCGAAAGGCCGAGGUUCACGCUGACCUGGAUGAUCUGCAGAAUGGUCCAUCUGUGCGUCAGGUGGCGGCAGGAGAUGUUGAUGGUGCUGUUUGCAUGGGCCAUGGUGGCCCUGAUGUGUGUGGUGUCGAGAGGUGACAAGGCGGUGCUGCUGGGAGCGCACAGCCCACACGGCAUCAGCCCGUCAUACCCCAAUCAGCAAGACGCAUCUGCUGCCGGCGGUGCACUGGACGCGCUUACGACCCAUAACACUAUGACCGUCCCAUCACUUGCUUGGUCCAGUCAGAGGUGAGGUCCCCGCCCACAAAACCAAAGACUGACUGACUGACUGACUGACGGGACUGUUGCCUGUCGUGUGUGUGUGUGAUCAGGUUGUUUAAGGAUUCGUUUGUUGAGCUGCCCGCUGCGGUGGACUUCUCGUACGUCACCAGCCUCAUCGAUGCCCUCCUGCAACGACACGCGGUAUCACACACACACACACACACACACAACUGCUCAGUAGAGCUGACGGCGACGGCAAUAAUUGUGAGUGUUAUGUGUGAAUCGAAACCGUGACUCAUUCAUACAGCAUGAGGCCCUUGUCUCCAACACGGGCCGCAAGCCGCCUGUCGUGGUUCUCUUUGUUCAGCCGGAGGUGAGCUAACACGCUGACUGACAGUUUGGCACGACUGUGUGUCGUCCGUCAUGGUGCAUUCAUGUGUGUGUGUAUCUGUGCCAUGCCAUCCAUGAGUGCAGCUGGGCACUCCAAGUUUUGUGCAGCAGCUGAGUGGGGGUCAGAGUGCCUUCGUCUCGCUCAAGGUGGGCUGGUGGGGUGGGGUGGGCAAGGGAAAUGAAACCGAGAGAGAAACUUUCAAGGCAGGCGUGGCGUGGCUGCUGCACGUGACGUGCAUCAUGCAUGGAUCAAAUGUUGAUCUUUGGUCAGGGUUUGGUGGCCUCGUCGGCGUGUGCCUUGUCAGUGCCCUACACACUGCCGCCCGCACGCCGCGUGUCGGACCUGCUCGCACACUACAAGCAACACGCAUACUACCUCACCAGUCAGUCAGCUACUCACCCAGCCAGCCAGCCAGCCAGCCGGGCACUCACUGAUGCUGUCUACGGCAUGCAUGGGUCAGCAAUGAAUGUGACGUGGUGUGAUGCCAUGCGGUGUGCAGGUGAUCCCGACUCGGCCCCGUCAGGCUAUGAGGUGGAGUCCAUCGGCCAGGACCCUGAGCUGCUGCUCGCGGCCGAACCCAAACUCAUUAUUGUCGACCUCAAGGGCAUCAAACAACCUGGUCUGUCCGCACAGCGGGACGGCGAGAGAAUCAACAAGUCAGUCGAUCCCGUGUCUUCUGUUCUGCCUGUUUCAGGAUCGUUUGUGUCGGAGUUCAGCAGCCGUGUGUCGGAGCUGACACACAAGAACUACGUGGGAAUACUCACCGCCCAGGUCACUCAACCAACAGCCACAACACAGACAGACAGGCUGCCAACGUACCUGUUUGUCUGUCACCGAUUGUGCGUGUCUCAUUCAGGCCCCUGAGCACGGUGCGGUGUCAGGUUUUGUGCAGUCGAGGGCACUGCAGGAGGACAGACAAAACGCGAGACUAAUCGGUAAGCACAGCAAACAAACACCAUGGGAGGGACGGAGGGGAGGGGAGGAAUGCACAUGAGGUUCCAUGUAAUAUAUCGUUGGGCCGUUUCAGAGGCACCCGACCGGGGCGCGAGUAAUGCGACGGCGGCCAAGGCCGCGGCCACCAAUCUCCCUGGCGUCUCCGGCCAACAGGCGGCCGCAGACCAACCUGCCUUCAGAAUACACCCGGUAUGGAUCGAUCAUAUAUGGCACCGUGUUGACAUCCAGUGUUUCAGCCAGCCAGGGGGGUGUGUUGUGUUCUUGUUUGUUACCGUCCCUGCAGAUGGGACUGUCGGCUCUGCUGAUGAGUGCCAUGUUUGUGUUCACUCUCCUCGCCGCCCUCACCUGCAUGAUGUCAGUCGACGUCCCCACAGGUACCGUACACAUGCUGCCUGGUGGCUCAAGCACCACGUAAUCAAGUCUCUCUCUCUCUCUGUGUGUGUGUCGUGUCAGUGUACGAGGAUAAGUGCCUGUCCAUAGCUAAGGAGUACUGAGGUCCGGCUGGCGAAGAGAGGGAUUUCAGCAGCCAGCGGCAGUUGACGACGACAGCACUUUUUGUCAUGCAC